AUGUUAAAAGAGCAGCAACAGCAAUUCAAGCAGCUUAACUCUAGUCCUUUAAACCCGAACAGCGAUAUUCAAAUAGUUGCUAAUCGUCCCGAUAUGUUGCCGACACCUACAACAACUUCAACAAGAACAAAAACUAAUCAUAAAAAAAUUCGUUUAUUAAAUAUUGAAAGAUUGACACGGAUACCAUCGAACGCUACUAUUGAACGGUGCUGUUUUCUUUUAAUUCAUUUACUUUUCUAUAUUAUUAUCCUUACAAUUGUUUAUAUACGACUUGGCCAAGUUGCUAAUAAACAAGAGAAAAUAUUUCUUGCUUUAAAUUUGAAUGAUAAUUCAACUCAUCACGACAUAUUUCAACAUCGUUUGCUUAAUUGUAAUCAUGUAUCUCAUCCUGAAAAUAAUGCUGUUUGUUCCUGUGAAAUUCUUUCAUAUCCAAGACGAAAUCGAACAACAAAUUGUUUACAAAUCAAUAUUGGUUUAACAGAUACGUUAGAAAAUAUUUUUUGUCAAAAUGAUGAACAAGCACAAUGGUUAGUUAUUCAAAAUCGUCAAACAAAUUCUGUUGAUUUUAAUCGAACAUGGAUUGAAUAUCGGCGAGGUUUCGGGAAUGUUCUUAGUCAAACUGAUUUUUGGAUUGGCAAUGAAAAUCUACAUUGGCUAACAAAUAGUUAUUCAUGUCGUCUUAAAAUUGAAUUAACCGACUGGUAUAAUGAAACUCGACGAGCUACCUAUGAAAUAUUUAAUAUUGCCAAUCAAAAAGAUGGUUAUCGAAUACAAAUCAGUGGAUAUCAUGGUGAUAUGGAAGGAACAAAAAAACUUGAUAGUUUUUCGCGUUGGCAUUAUAAUGCUCGCUUCUCAACGUAUGAUCAUUAUGCUACUAGUACAAAUUGUCCGAAGAGUCAUGGUGGCGGUGGAUGGUGGUAUCAUUCCGGUAUAGAAUGCGCACACACACAACUCAAUGGUCGAUUUGCAACACAUUCCGAUGGUCUCAUACCAUUCAAUACAGGUAUUUUAUGGAUAGGUUGGAAAUCGGACCGACAUUAUUCAUUUCAACGUGUAACUAUGUCUAUUCAAUCGAAAUCUAAACACAAUCGUCUACCCAAUUGA